AUGUCCGCUAGACGCAGCAAGGCCAUGCCCACCGAUGGGCCAACGGCCAAGUUCCUCUACACCAUCAUCAAGCAACUGGACCUGAAAUCGAUUGACUGGAGUCUGGUGGCAUCUCAGCUCGAAAUCUCCAAUGGACACGCUGCUCGGAUGCGAUAUUCGCGGUUCAGACAGCAGAUGGAGGGUCUUACGUCCAAACCCCGAGCGCCUCGUCCCAAGAAACCCGCCAAUAAAGCACCCAAGGCAGGACCCGGCAAAGCCGAAUUGAUGAAUGAGCCUAUGUCUUCACCUCCAGCGGUCAUGAAGCAAGAGUCUCAUUUCCCUGUGUAUGAGUCGAGCCACCCAUACAUGAAGUCCGAUCCGUACGGCCCUAGGGUCCAAAACCUGGCGGAUAUCCCUCUCGCUUCACCCCAGACCAUGGCAACCUCAGCGGUUCAGCCACAAAUGGUGCCAUACAGGCCAAUGGCAAUCUCCCCGGAGACGACCAUGUUCGCGUCGGCACCGUGCUUUUCAGCUGAGCGUUCCGAUGGUCCUGGAUACCCGCCAUUCGUCCACAGUUGGGCGCCCAUCAAGUCUGAGCCCUUGGAGGGAGAUGGCAUUUUCGAAAGGGCAGUUAAAGUGGAGCCACCGCAGGAGCCGAAUUGACUCGCCAGAGGUAUUGAGGGUGGUACCGUACAUGCUAUCAGGGGGGAUGAUGGUGGUGGUUCCCAAUUGUUCUUUUGCGCUUUAGAAUCUAAGUUGUUUGCACCAUGUCGUCGCAGAAACAAG